GGGGCGUAAAAUAUAUUUUUCUUCACAUUUCCCAGAACUGCCGCCUCGAAGAGCUAAAUGCUGAAAUACUGAAAGUUUAAGUAACAUUUAGCUGUAAUUUUACUAAACAAACUUAGGUAUAUCAUAAGGUCUGAAUAGAUAAUGGUAGCGCGAAGCGCGAGAGGAUUUUUCGGAUAUUUUAUGCAAUCCUCGAAAAUUGAUUAUUCUAAGCAGGUUUUGUAGACCUAAUUAUAACAAUGGAACAGCCAAAUAUCUAAUGGAAGCGCGAAUCUAUUUUUUAUAGUAAGACAUUAAUAGAGAAAUUUUUUGAAAGGUUUCAGUGAUUUAUCCAUUGAUUGUGAAUAAUACAUAUCUCAGUAAUCCAACGGCGUGAGCUCGAAGCGCAAGCUUAAAAUUUGUGACGUACCGAAAACAGGAAAAUUUUACGAAAUAGGGACAUUUAAAGGACUUUUUAUGGAUUUAUGCAGGAAAUACAUAUAUCUUUAGUAUAAAAAAAUGUGAACACGGAGCGCGAGCAGAAAAUUUUCGAUAUCGAAAACUAUUUUUUUUAAAUUAUUGACAAGAUGCGUUUUAUACCAAUAAUGGAAAAGAGAAUCUGGAGCAGAAAUUUUACAAUUGAUGGUAUAUUUUGUGUUACAAGGGUCAGUUUCAUAAAGACUUGUUACAGUAACAAAAGCCCAAUUUCUAUAACAAAUUAACUAGCCAAUCAGAUAGAAGGAUUUCAAUAGCUUUUAACUGUUUGUGCAAAUUUCUUUUUAUAACUAGUUUUAGGAAACGGGCCCCAGGUCUGGAACUGUUAAUCUUUACAUCACAGAUAUAGUAGGGCGAAUCAAGAUCCGAAUGGCAAUUUAACGGAUUUUUUUUUCAAGGUUUGACAUUUCAUGCAACGAAAUUAAACGGUUCUGUCUCGAUCAAAGUCAUUGUUACGUCAUGAAUCCUUCUCAUUCUUCUCAAGACCUAUCUGAGCAUGCGGAAAGGGACGUGGGUCUUGCAACGGAUGGGACCGGACGGGAUGCCUCGUGAUAUGGCGGUCAAUCGGCGCAUCAACUUCUUCAUCCCAGAGUGGCUGCGGCGGAAGAACACCGUCGACCAUAUCUACUCCCGGAUUAAUAUGGACAAUCUUGGUCUCAAAUCUGUCAAGAAGAUGUUCUGCUCCGAGACUAUGGUCAAUGACGACAUCGGGACGAGGAUUCUUUGUGGUGCAGUGGUGUGUAAGACUGGUAUCGACCAUUUUACAAAGAGAGGCGUGGUCUUUACCGAUGGAACGAGCGUUGAGGAUCUGGACCUGGUGGUGUACGCCACGGGUUAUCAACUCAGAGCCCCAAUUGUGGACAAUGACAUCAUCAGUGACGGUGUGAAGGACUUGGAACUAUACCUUUACAUUUUCCCGCCCCGUCUUAAGCACCGAACAUUUGCGGCCGUCGGAUUCGUGGAAACGAUUGGAGCGCAUGCCCCGGUAUUUGAGAUGCAGGCUCGCUACGCCACGAGGGUAUUCAAGGGAUGCGCUACCAUCCCCCCGGAAGACGUCAUGAUCGCAGACAUCAAAAGGAAGAAGAACUUCAUGCAGAACCGGUUUGGAAAGCCCAAGAAUUUUUUCCCUCCUAUCCCGUAUCAGGACCUGUUGGCAGAUCGCAUCGGAGCCAAGCCCAAGCUCUGGCCCAUGUUGCUCAGUGAUCCAGUACUGGCCUACCGCACGUUCCUGGGACCGGCACUUCCCUACACAUUUCGACUCGUUGGCCCACACUCUUGGCCUGGUGCGCGUGCCGCCAUUAUGGACGUAUGGGAUACGACAUUCUAUGCCACCAAGACCAGGAUCGUCCCGAAGUCCAUCGGUGACCUCUGGGGUCUCGAUGUGGGUGCUCUUAAGAUUCUUCUUGUGGUCCUCUUUGCCUUGACCUUUUUCCUUUCUAUUCUUUGUUAAGUUGUAUUAAAUGUUUGCAUUCAUAAAUCGAGACGUCCAUGGAAUAUAUCAGAAUGAUAUUGAUUGAUAAGUCUAAAUGGCAUUUUAGGUAUAAGUGAACUACCUUGUCAACUAGAAAGAAAGAAACACAAGUGACGUUGAUUUAAACAAGAUAUAUCGGAAAUGGUAUGUUUUUUAUAUAUAUAUUUUGAAGUUUGUACUUUGCAUUAAUAUGUUUUUAAUACUUAUUUACUGAAGGGAACCUUUCUCAACAAGCUUUGCUUUCAAGAAGGUCCUUUAUGUUGUAGUAUAAUUCGCUUUAAUUUUGUUGGAAAAUUAAUCAAUCAAUUAAUGGUUGAGCUAUCGGAUCAAAAUAUCCUUUAUGUUUUCUUUGUUUGAGAGGAUGAGACCCCGUUUCGAACUUUCAAUUUCAUCUUCAUAAUCAUAAAUCAUUGUAUUGCCAGCCAGGAAAUAAUCAUUUGUCUGUUUGUCUACAAGUUGUCCUGAAACUAGUAUCUGCAGGACGAAAGCAUUGCAAACAUUGCAACACGUGACUGCACACUUUUAACCGUCGGCGAAGCAUCCGUCGCCUCCAGAACUCAGGGCCCAAUGCCAUGGGAACGGAACAAUUUUUUUUCCUGGGGGUGCUGAAGUAAAUUUGAAAAGCCCCCCAAAAAGUUUUCUAACAAAACGGAUAUCAAGUUGGUUCCCAUGAAUUUGAAAAGCAAAAAAAAAAAAAGGUUUUAAAUGAAAAAUGGAGGUCAAAUAGGUCCAGAGAUAUUUGGGGAAAAAAGGUUCAAUACAAAAUGAAGGUUAUUUUGGUUACAUUUUCCAUUUUAACACAUCUUCCAGAAUACCUGGGGUGCUGCCUAUGGAGAAUAAUACACGCAGCACCCCCAAGGAAAUUUUUGAAGGUGCUUCAGCAACCCCGCUUCCCAGGGCCAUGCAAAAACGAAUGAUCCGCAUCAUCGAAAAAAUAGGCCCCAAACUUAUCAAGUCCUGUGUUUUGAUGUAUGGAGAACCGCCGAAGGAGUUGCAUACGGAAUUAGCGUUGAGAAUCCAUUUAAAAUACUCGUCAAAUCGCAAUGAUCAGACCAGAGGUCAUUGUCGAAAGUUGGUGGACAGGUAAAGCAGAUCGUCUCAAGAUUCGAACGGGACAAAAAAAUGAAAAAAUUGUGGUUUGUCCAAAGUCCAGGACAACACUGCUGUUUUGAUUCACGGAUUUGCGACAAAGGCUGCUUUGUCAUGAAUGGCUUUCGACAAUAGAUUCCAAACAAAAAGUGUAUGCAAAGUGGUUGCAACUACCAUCCCUAUAUGACUAUUUGAAUAAUUUGUAUUCUACUAAGAAGUCACCAGAAAUUAUGAACAGUAAACAAAUUGUAACUUGCAUGGAUAUUUUUCGUGAGGCCAGCUAACACAGAGGAUAGCCACUUCCGUUAACUGGUCUACAAGCCAGCAUACUGCAAAAACUCCGGUGUUAAUUUAACACCAGCCCGGAAUCUAUUAUGUCCACAUCAGACAAGUAUUGAAAUAACUCCAGUUUGGAAUCAAACCGAUGCUGUUUUAAUACUAAUUGGUGUUGUAUAAACACCUAUCUCGUAUUAGACCAAAACGAAACUGGUGUUGUUUAACACUUAUCUGGUGUGGACAUAUAUAGAUUCCGGGCUGGUGUUAAAUCAACACCGGAGUUAUUUGCAGUGCAGUGCACAGUGACCUUGCUCUUCUCCAACACAUAAAUCCUGAGCGUCUAUUGCUAAAAUGCGGAUGAAGAUGUAACAUUCUGUAAGUCUAUUCCCCCUGGUUUAAAUCAGAAAUAUAUCUGAUGUGUAUUACUUACUCUUCUUCCCCUCUAUUCUGUCCUUAUCUACCUCACCCCUUCGUAUGUACCUGUUCAGGGAGGUAUAUUAAUCGUUGUUUUACUUGACAAUAUUUCAUAGUUCCAUAUAAUAAAAUACAAAAGAAAUAGUGAGUGGAUGACGUCAUCACCCUCCUCAUUUGCAUACCGAACAGGAUGUGCUUAUAACUGAUUUGUGAAAUUAAGCGAAACUUUAAAAUGUCAUAACUUUCUUAUUUUACAUCCAAUUUUGAUGAAAUGUUCAGUGUUAUGCUUGUUGGAUUUUUCUCUUUUUCUUCAAAUCAUCUUUUUGUUGGGGUGGACUUGUCCUUUAAUCUGCCAGGUUACCCAAAGUGUUUGUCUUUUUUAUUUGUAAAUAGUACAUUUAUAAUGUUUGAUUGCUAUAUCAUGUUAUCAUUGUUUGUAUUGUUAUAUUUGGUAAAUCCAAUGCAAUUCAGCCUAAUUGACUGCGAUAUGUGGAUAUUUUGAUAAAACCAUAAAUCAUUAACUUAUGGUAUGAUUCGACCAGAGGAUCGAGCCCUGACGGUCUGUUCAUGAGGCGGGCAUUCGGAGUCAACACUCCCUGUUCGAUACUAUUUUGAAUAAUUUUCAAAUUGUCACCAAGGUUACUGCUGAAUAUUAUUCUACAAACAAUAACAUAAAAUAUAGAUCACUUCACUGUUCAAAAUCGAGUGCUAAAUAGGCCUAUGAAUAAUUGUUACGGUAACGUAUGGAUAUGAACUGUAUAGUGCGAAGAAUGGCGUCUCUAGACGGUUUACAAAAACAACAAAGUGAAUAUAAUUUGAGUGUGAACGAGUAAUAUCUAAAUAUGGCAGUUUAUCUUGUGCAAUAUCAUGAACGUAUAACUUGUAUAAACAAAUGAAAUUAACCAAACAGUUUCCAAGUUUUUUUCAAUGUAUUCCAAGAGUAUGUAUACUGCUAUUUUGUAGACUAAAGACCAAGUCAUAUAUAAAUGAAUUGUUUCCAUUCCCGCUUUUUUGUGAAAGCGGAAUAACCAAUUACACGAUAACGCACACGUCGUUUAUACGAACAAAAUGGCGAUUCUUUAGAGUCAGAUCUUCAUGGAAAAAAGAACAGAUCUCUUUAGAUACUGUAACCAAAAAAAAUAGUUCGUGCUAACUUAAACUUGUCCGAAAUGUAAGACAUCAAGCAUAAUGUAUCAGAUAUAUACAGAGGCGUAAUCUAAGAAAAUCAUUGACUGUGGCAAAAAGUAAAGUUGCGCCCCUCUUAACUUUUAAUCUUUGCACUUCUUCCAUGGUUGGUCAUUGAACUUUAGUCUCACUUUCCUUUACCCCCCUGCCUUUAAACCCUAAAAAGUAGCAAUCGGGGUCCAUUACUCCUUGCAUAAUUUUAUGUCUCUGAGGCAGGGCCCUGAAAACGAUUUUCCUUUACUCUUGGGAUGCUGAUGUAAAUUUGACAAGCAAAAAAAAAAGGGUUUCACUACAAAAUAUAGGUAAUUUUGCCUACAUUUUUUCAAUUUGUGUAACACCUAUCCAAAUUUGGCGUGGGUGCUGCCUAUGGAAUAUAAUACACACAACAUCCUCGCUUUCCAGGGCCAUGCACUGAGUGUAGGCCUAUUUUAUAUGCGAACUAAAAAGGGGACAUUUUCCCUGACGAUAAGUUAGUUGUAAUAAAAACAGAAAUAGUAGAAAAUAUAUUCGUGAUAAUUUGAUGAAGACUUCUGAAAAUAUAAAUUUCUUAGGUAAGGUUUUUUUUGUGACGUCACCUGCGAGCGGCCUCCAUGUAUCAUGUGAAUUCCAUCCUUUUGAUUGAACAUGAUAGAUACAAAUAUUUUUCUUACAGAUGGGGGAAUGUAAUGCGUCUAAUAGUACAUCCCCAAUAUAUAACACUUUUUCAAAACUCGGUUAUUUUUUAAUCGAAUUUCCUCAAACUUUCACCACUAUUUUUCUCUAAAUUAUCUGCUUGCACUAAAACCAACGUAUAACCAGGAUGAACUCCCAUUUUAAAUUGAAUUACUUAUUAUUUAAAUCCUUGUCAAUUAUUUGGCACAUUAGGAUUCUGAGCAGUGUUCCUUCUUUAUAUGCAACACUUAAAGGGGAAUCCAGCCUUGGCCAUAAAAUGUUGUGUUGGGAAGGAGAAAAAUAAAUUAAACAGCAUUGUGAAAGUUUGAAAGGAAUCGGACAACCAACAAGAAAGUUAUAGCUGAUUUAAAUCUGAGAUCACAAAUACUAUGUAGAUUUCAAAUUGGCAACUGGGUAAGUAAAUUAUGACAAGGGGCAAGGACAACUUUCCCAUAGGCCAUGUACUUUAUUAUCAGGGAUUUGUGGUUUUCUCCUAAGUACCCAUUCCCCUGGGGCAGUAAUCUAAAUGUAACCCAGGUAGUAUAUUGUUUUAUGUCCUCAUGAAAGAAAAAUAUAAUUUGAAAUAAAACUUUUGGGUAAAAUUACAUUUUAGCCAUAAUAUGUAUUGGAGUACAUGGAAGAGUAGUCCUUGCCUUACAUCACUAUGACAUCCCAUAUGCGGCCAAUUUGAAGUCUCCAUGGGUAUAGUGAUUACCAAUAUUUACAACUUUUAAAAAUUCAUAACUUUCUUGUUGUUUGUCCGAUAUUGUUCAAUUUUUCACCUAUCAUCUUGUCUGAUUUUUCUUUUCCUUAUAAAAACAAAUUUUUAUUUGGGUUGGAUUCCCCUUUAACCUGUGGCAUUGAAUAUAGCCUAUGACGAGUCCGCCGGACGCCGUGUCGAAAGACAAAGUGUCCUCUCGGCCGGAUAAGCAAAUGAACAUAAUCGAAACAUUAAAAGACACAACACAUGAUAAUUUUUAAUUUUACCAAUACACUAUUUAAUGACAGAAAUACCUUUGCCAUAUUAUGAUACUUUUCUCGAAUAAAGUUCCAUCGCCAUCC